UUGAAAGUCGUAGGGUUGCUCAGCGGUGGUAAAGACAGUUGUUAUAACCUCUCACAUUGUCUUCAAAACGGUCAUCAACUUAUCGCCUUAGCUACUCUUGGACCUGGUCCGAAUAAGGAUGAGCUCGACUCUUAUCUCUAUCAGACUGUCGGUCAAGAUGGAGUUCAUCUUAUUGCACAAGCUCUCGAUCUUCCACUUUAUCGGAGAACUAUCACCGGUACUGCUCUCGAAUUAAAAUCAGAGUAUGGUUCAAGAGCUUAUCAAUCCGAAAUGCUCGGUAUUAAUGGUGAUGAGACCGAGGAUAUGUAUGAGCUUUUGUCUGAAGUAAAGCGCAUACAUCCUGACGUCACUGCGGUUUCCGUGGGUGCAAUCCUAUCCACCUAUCAACGAGUCCGAGUAGAGCAUGUUUGUCAACGUCUGGGACUCGUUCCAUUGGCCUAUCUAUGGAAAAGAGAUCAAUCUGAAUUAUUGAAUGAAAUGAUUCAAUCAGGUCUUGAAUCUAUUUUGAUCAAGGUGGCUUCCGUGGGGUUAGAACCAAAGCAUUUAGGUAAAUCAUUGGCAGAGAUGCAAGAUACAUUAGAAGACUUGAAUUCUCGGUACGGUGUUCAUGUAUGCGGUGAAGGCGGCGAAUACGAAACGUUUACCAUCGAUUGUCCAAUCUUCAAAAAAAGAAUCAACCUAAUCGACCCUCAGGUAGUGGAUCACCCUGAAAGCUCUCCAAUGGCCCCAGUAGCUUUUCUAAAACUUCCAAAAGCAGCAUUGUUACAAAAG